GAUAGGCGCCGCCCGCAGCCAAUCAGCGCGCCGGGGACGCUGCGCGCUUUAAGGCCGCUGCGGGGAGAACAGAAACCAAGUUCCCCGGCAACGAGCAGCAUCAACCCGGCGGGAGGCCGGAGCCAGAGAGGCCCAAAAGGCUGCGGAGUGAGCCGACCUCUCGUUGUCCAGCGCGCCCCCUCCUCCUCCUUCCUCAGCCGCCCAGCCCUAAAUUUCGACCAGCUUUUUCGCCUACGGAAAUCCUAGGGAGGGGGUUAGGAGCAGCUGCGCCCCCCUCCCUGCGGCUGCCGCCCUCUGCUUUUUCGGCGCUGCUCCCUGCCGCGUGCGCCCGGGCAGUGCACCUCGGCAGGCCCCAGCCAUGUCGAUGCUGCCGUCGUUCGGCUUCACGCAGGAGCAAGUGGCGUGCGUGUGCGAAGUUCUGCAGCAAGGCGGGAACCUGGAGCGUCUGGGCAGGUUCCUGUGGUCGCUCCCCGCCUGCGACCACCUGCACAAGAACGAAAGCGUGCUCAAGGCCAAGGCCGUGGUUGCCUUCCACCGCGGGAACUUCCGCGAGCUCUACAAGAUCCUGGAGAGCCACCAGUUCUCGCCUCACAACCAUCCCAAGCUCCAGCAACUGUGGCUGAAGGCGCACUACGUGGAGGCCGAGAAGCUGCGCGGCAGGCCCCUGGGCGCCGUGGGCAAAUAUCGGGUGCGCCGAAAAUUCCCGCUGCCGCGCACCAUCUGGGACGGCGAGGAGACCAGCUACUGCUUCAAGGAGAAGUCGCGGGGCGUGCUGCGGGAGUGGUACGCGCACAACCCGUACCCCUCGCCUCGUGAGAAGCGGGAGCUGGCCGAGGCCACUGGGCUCACCACCACCCAGGUCAGCAACUGGUUUAAGAACCGGAGGCAAAGAGACCGGGCCGCCGAGGCCAAGGAAAGGGAGAACACCGAAAACAAUAACUCCUCCUCCAACAAGCAGAAUCAACUCUCUCCUCUGGAAGGGGGCAAGCCGCUCAUGUCCAGCUCAGAAGAAGAAUUCUCACCUCCCCAAAGUCCAGACCAGAACUCGGUACUUCUGCUGCAGGGCAAUAUGGGCCAUGCCAGGAGCUCAAACUAUUCUCUCCCUGGCUUAACCACCUCGCAGCCCAGCCACGGCCUGCAAGCCCACCAGCAUCAGCUCCAGGACUCCCUGCUGGGCCCCCUCACCUCCAGUCUGGUGGACUUGGGGUCUUAAGUGGGGAGGGACUGGGCCUGGAAGCAGUGACUAGGGACACCUGUAAAUAGAAAUCAGGAACAUUUUUGCAGCUUGUUUCUGGGGUUCUCUGUGCAUAAAGGAAUGGUGGACUUUCACAAAUAUCUUUUUAAAACUCAAAACCAACAGCAGUCUCAAGCUUAGUCACCUUCUUCUCUCCUACUCUUGCAUUUCCCAUCCCAGUGCAGAGAUCAGGGAAAAAAAAAAAAAAAAACCCAAACAAACAAAACACCCAGUCACCCAGUCUUGAUUCUGGGCAAUCCAUGUGCCAGCUUCAGUAGUCUUUCUUUUCUUUUCUUUUCUUUUUUCUUUUCUUUUCUUUUCUUUUCUUUUCUUUUCUUUUCUUUUCUUUUCUUUUCUUUCUUCCUUUCUUUCUCUAUUUUUUUCCUUCAGUGAAUGGGAAUUACAAAUCAACCGGAUUUUAAAUAUUUCCUUUUAAUUUAUUUAUGGAAAAGUCUUUUUGGGAAGAGGAAAAGGAAUUGGAGAAAGAGAGAGAGAAGUCUAAAUAGUGAAAAUAAGAGCCUCCAGCCAGGAGGAACUGGUUGCAUUCUUAAGGUGAAUAGAAAAAAAAUAUGAUCUUAUAACUUUUUGAUGGCGAAAAUUAAGUUUACAUUUUUCAUUUUUUAGUGUUAAACACUUUUAUGUAGAUUAAAAUGAAAGAACAGUAUUAGGGGGAAAAAAAACCAAGUGCCUAAAUGUCUUAAUGCUCUCUGUGUAAGGCAGUUAGAAAUAGCAGUGACCAUUAGUAAUACAACUAUUUUUGUCAAAUUUAGUGGGGUUUUGGUUGUUGUUUGUUUUCUUGGGUUUUUUUUAAUGGCAAACUUUAAAAAUGUACCAAUGUGAAAAAAACACUUUCCUGAAUGCCAUUACUUCCGUGCCCUUGAAGCUUUCAUAUCUGUAGCCUACUCCUGUUAAGGGUUUCUCUUGUUCCUAGUUUCUAGCCUGCAAAAAUAUACAACAAAUCUGACAACCUGGUAUUUGUUACUAAAACAGCAUGUGUUUUCAGGUUUCUUUUCUAUUGUACCUAAACCAGUCUAAAUUAAAACUUAGUAAGAA